CGAUACAAACUAUUCACAUUUUGCACUUAUAUGUGAGCUCGAAUUCACUUUACUUAAAAAGGAAAAAGAAAAAAGAAAGAAAACAUGCAUGGAAAUAAAACGGUUAUGUGAUACUAAUAGCAAAUAGUUUUUCUUCGAAGAAAAUGUCUGCGUUUUGCCCUUUGCUUCCAUUGGCACUAGGUUUUCGAUCCCCUUGUUCUGCCUAAAUCUUCCAUCGGUCCCAUCAGCACAUAGAAAAACCCACCAUCCUCACCCUAUAGAUAGCACUCUUUUGAGUGCGGUAUUUCUAAUCCAGCAAUAUAUGCGAAAACAUGAAGAUCAUUCCAUUCUUUCUCUGUUUUCUCUUCUUCUCCACCCUCCUCUCUCUUUCACUUUCGGAACUCUGCAACCCUUAUGACAAGAAAGUUCUCCUCAAGAUCAAACAAUCGUUGAACAACCCUUACCUCUUGGCCUCGUGGAACCCGCAAACAGAUUGCUGUAACUGGUAUUGCGUUGAAUGCGACCUUAAAACCAAUCGCAUCACCUCACUCACCAUGUUCUCUGAUAAAGAACUCUCUGGCCAAAUACCGGCCGAAGUUGGCGACCUCCCAUUUCUCGAAACCCUGGAAUUCAGAAAAUUGCCUAACCUCACCGGUCCCAUUCAGCCCUCCAUUGCCAAACUCAAGAACCUCAAGUUUCUACGUUUGAGCUGGACAAACCUCUCUGGUUUAGUACCAGACUUUCUUAGCCAACUUAAGAACUUGACUUUCUUGGACCUUUCGUUUAAUAACCUUUCAGGUUCUAUUCCAAGCUCCCUUUCCUUGCUUCCAAAUCUUGGUGCCUUACACUUAGACAGAAACAAGCUUACAGGGCCAAUACCAUAUUCUUUUGGUAUGUUUCAUGGCAACGUACCAUCACUCUACUUGUCUCAUAAUCGACUUUCUGGCAAAAUACCUGCCUCUUUAGACAACAUGGACUUCACUGCCAUUGACUUGUCUCGGAACAUGCUUGAAGGUGAUGCUUCAAUGCUGUUUGGAUCGAAUAAGACGACUGGGGAAGUAGACCUUUCGAGGAAUAGGCUGCAGUUUGAUCUUUCAAAGGUAGAGUUUCCCAAGAGUUUGGCAAGGCUGGAUUUGAAUCAUAACGAGAUUACAGGAAGUAUUCCUGUGGGGUUGACUGCAGUGGACGAUUUGCAGUUUCUGAAUUUGAGUUACAAUAGGCUGUGCGGGAAGAUCCCGGUCGGAGGGAAGUUGCAGAGCUUCGAUUACUCUGCAUAUUUUCACAACCGGUGCUUGUGUGGUGCUCCGCUUCAAAGUUGCAAAUGACGGUAUCGCCUGAGGAUCGGAGGACUUGGUUUUGGGGGGAAUAUUUACAUUACUAGAAGAUGCAAUUGCCAGGGUAGAGCGCAAGUAUACCGCGAGUAGAAUUAGCACACGUUGUGGCAAGGUGCUAAACAUACAAUACAAUACUAAUAAAAUUUAUAGAGUUUGUGUAUUUAAGUCCUUUGGGUGUGUCAGUGUGGCUUGUUUUGGAUAAGAGGUUGAACCGCUGAAGAAGACCAUCAAGGUGCAGCUUCCCAGUAAUAUAUAAAAAAAUGAUUGCUUUUCCAUAUAUUCAACUCCAAAACUUUUCUGCACUGUUGCACAAAUAUAUUCUACAUUAGGAUCAGGGGUGAACAAGCAGAAUUAGCUGCUGAAAGUGAAAACAGCACUGGCACUGAAAACUUUCUCUGAUAUCUCUCUCAAAAGAAAGACAACUGCAAAUGUAAUUCUGUGAGCCAGAGGCUCAAGCAAGCUAAGCAACCCGAUUGCUCUUGGAAGAUAGAUUAUAGCAACUGACAUUUGACAACACUCUUUUGUGUCUUGCACAAUAAUUUCACAACAUCCAUAGUCGCGAGCUAGCGACAAUAAAGCAUCAAGUAUAUUAUAAAUCUUAAAGCAAAUGUAGGAAGUUUACAAUUAGCCAAAAAUCGUAAAAAGAAAAAACACAAGGGUGAUUCCUUCCAGGCCAAUUUGUUUACCAGCAACAAUUGUUCUACCGAACUCGCCAUCCUACGAUGGUGCGAGCUGCUACCCAAACGCAAUGUUGCAGCUAAAAAUAGAAUGAAGUUUAUCAAGAAGGCAGAAAGGCGGAUUGGAGUA